CAGUAUGAGAUACCUGGCUGUGGUUGAAGAGUACUACGCACUCUUUGUUGCCAUAGGGAUGGCAACUAUUGGGACGCUAAUUUUUGCAGCUGUUUAUCGGUGUAAUGUGGGUGAUACUGUUGUUGGAGAUAGCGCUGUCUAUCUGGAUCUUCUACAGUAUCGAGCCUAUAAAACAAUCUGUUCGCCCUGCUCUAUUUGAACUCAUGAGAACUUACGAAGAAACACAGGGAAACAUGCAGUUCGACAAAAUACAGUACAAUUACGAGUGUUGCGGGGUAGAUAACCACCUAGACUGGGUGAACACUACAUGGGGACAAGAACACGUGGGUUUGUUGCCAGGAUCCUGCUGUCACACCAUGUUACAAACUUGUGACAUUUCCACUACCAACUUCGCUCAAACUGGUUGCUACGAGUACGUGAUGAAUUACGUUGAUUUCACUUACAGUGUGGAUAUGACCAUACUGCUCUUCAGCGGGUUUGCGCAGGUUGUGGGUAUAAGCUUGUCUUACACAUUAACUCGACUAAUCAGAGAGUAUGAAGUUGCCAAAGACGACAAGUAACUCAUCAGAUAAAUACAACAACAAUGGAUUCCAUACAAUACGAUGAUCCACAUUCCAUAUGCAUACUAACAAUUUGUUGAAAUUAGUAAAUCUUGUGCCGGCACAGAAUUAAAAAAAUUAAAAUGCCGUUUUGGUUUGUUUCUGAUCUUUUUUUCGUUAAACAUUGAUUAUUUGAAUUGUCGUUUUGAUUUUUAGCUAAGUUUGGUAUAAGUAUCAAAAGAUCAUAUUUUAUACAUUCAAAUAUGAAAUACUGAAAUAUAUGUAUUACAAUUUCUAAUGAGUAAAAUAAGGUAUAUUGUUCAG